AUGGACGAAGAUCUCCUCACUGAUGAACUUAUUAGCUCCGUCCGUGCGUUUUGCUCCCCUGAAGUUGCCGCCUCCCUUGGUCGCCGUUACUUCUCCCUCGUCGCCUCCUCUUUCCGACGAUUCUACUCACUUCUCCGACCUCGUUCUCGCCUCCGGCAGCCAACGAUGGAGUACGUGGGACUUUUGAGGACUGAGUCCCCAUCCCGUCCGGUUGCUCCGCCGAAGCCGCCAGAUCGAACGUCCACCAAAUCUCUCCACCCUCCCCAUCCGCCGGAGCCACCAGACCCACCGGAUCCGCCGGAUCUACGGUCUGUGCCUCUCCUUUUCCCUCCUGGUCUCCCCCCUCCUUCGAAGCUCACCGCAUUCCACAUCUCCUCUCCCCAAGUGUUUUCUCCAGAUCUAGAUCUAGAGCUUUCCCAUCUAGAUCCGAUUUUUGCUUCCGGUGUUGUUGUGACGCCUCUUGGGUCACCCAUUCCUGCAGUAUGCAGUCUUUCCUCCGAUCGAGCCUCUGGUUCCUCGAGUUCGUCUCACCACCUUGCAGUAAGCCUGCUUCUCCUGCAGAAGUCUCCAGAUUCUCUAGACAUGUCCUCUACAGAAGUGUUUCUUCUUCCGCUGGUGGCUUUCUUUGAAGCGGAUUCUCCCUUCGUCACUCUCAUCGUCCUUCUUCACUCGCUCACCCAGGUUUACUCCUCCUCUUUGUCUCUUGCUUCUCCCUCUGUGGAUUGCUGUAAGACUUUAGUGGAAUGGUUAGUGCUGGUGAUUGUUCCCAGUUUAUUGGCCUUUGUUGGCUCACUUAACGCCGUAGUGCGUCUCUUUACUGCAGUAUGCAGAGUUUACAUCCUUGCUGUGACGGCUUGUGCUUCAUAUUCUUUCUCUCAGUGGCAGAGUGGAAAGAAUUGUCUUAGUUGUUUCCAUCCAGUUACUCUGGUUUUGGACUCUGGUUUUGGACUUCUAUUGUCCUCAUCUCUCCUUUAA